CUGGUCAGUCACCGGUCUCACUCUGAGCUCUCUCUUUCUUCCCUGCAGCCAGGCCAGCACACGGCUCCCAGCCCCCACCUGGCUGUGUACACGGGGACCUGCGUGCCCCCCUCUCCUUCCAGCCCCUUCUCCCCCUCCUGCCGCUCCCCUAGGAAGCCUUUCCCUUCGCCAGGCCGUUUCAUCCGGAGACCCAGCAACACCAUCUGCCCCUCACCCAUUAGGGUGGGCUUGGAGAGCUCCUUGGGCUCUGAGCAGAAGGGGGAGGCCUGUGGAUCCAGUGCCCGCCAAGGACUCUCCACCGCUGACACCAGCGAGUCCUCCGCCGACUGCCCUGGGCCCCAGCUGCUGCCCACGGCCCCUCCCAAGGCCCGCAUGGCUCUGUCCUUCAGCAGUUUUCUGAGACGAGGCUGUUUGGCCUCUCCGAUUUUUGCCAGGCUCUCGCCCAAGUGCCCCGCUGUGUCCCAUGGGAAAGUGCAGCCCCUAGGGGAUGUGGGUCAGCAGCUGCCACGGCUCAGAUCCAGGAGGGUGACAAACUUUUUCCAGAUCAAAAUGGAUGUGCGUAUGGAGAAUGGAGCCUGCCUGAUGGACUCAGAGGACACGGGGACAGGAGAAUCGGGCGACCGGGCCAUCAGGAAGGAGGUCAUCUGCCCCUGGGAGAGCCUGGCCUAGGGGAAAGCUGGCUGAGCCGGGGCCCUUGGACCAGGCAGGUGCUCCCGAAGACUCUGCUGCUUUGGGCCACAGGACACGCUCUCAAACCAAAGUGCAUUAAGAUCAUACUUGGGGGCCGAGAGCCAAGAUGGGGUAGAUUCUGAAGAAGAGUGCUUUGUCUGGACUCCCAGGGGCCAACUCCCUCCCUGCCCCCUGACCUUCUCUUCUUUGAGCAGAAGAAAAGCAUGCGGAUCAGAUAACUUUACUUGCUGCCUUAAAACCGGUAAAAGGAUAACUUGUAAGAGUCUCUUGGAUUGAAAUAUUA